CUACGUCAUAGUUCGAUAGGAGGAGAAUGAUCUGCCUUUAGCGUCUCUCCUUUCCUCUCGAAGCUUUCAAUGAAUCCUUGCUUUUAAUAUCAAAAUACUACUGUGGGUAUUUUUGUUACACUGAUGCGAUAAGAAAUACUGAAAAAUACUUCAUCGAACAAAUUUUAUUUAACGGCUUUACAGUGAAGAAUGGAUCUAGUGUCAAGCCUAUGCUUUAAUUUUAAUCAACCACAACCGUAACCGGCUGUCUUUCCCCCAAAUAUUUUAUUGAUUUCUGGUGUUGUUGAUUUACGAAAACUAGACUUUGUUUAUUAAAAACAGUUAAUAAAAUAAACAGCAGCUCAAGGAUGGAGUGGAAUGCAGAAAGUGUGCUGGAUGCGUUGAAUGAUUUUGAACGAAAACCAGAAUUAAAUCCUUUAUUAGAGGAAUAUUUACAGCGUAUUGCAAAGAAUGGCGAAAUUGUUUUCCCGUGGUGCAAACUAAAACCAUUAUUAAAAAAGAAACUUGAAGUCGUUGUCGACGAAUUUUACGAAACUUGUCCAGUAGAAACUUCUGUACCUGUGCCGAAUUUUGAAACUUUUAACUUUGAUAAUCUUAAAAAGAGUAUUCUUCAAGCAUUGGAUGCAUUUACAAGUGCACCGUUUACUAUUCAACGAUUAUGCGAGCUUGUUACCAAUCCUCAGAAACAUUACAACCGCACAGAUAAAUACAUGCGAGGCAUUGAAAAAAAUGUUCUUGUUGUUAGCACAAUUGAACCUCGCACUGGUGGUCAAGGAGAUAAUAAUAAUGUCAAUAACAAUGUAAUUGUCAAUGGCAUGAUUAAUGAUUCUCCUCGAGAUGAUAAUGAUACUUUAAAUGGUCAUGAAAGCGAAAGUGGUGAUAGUGUUUCCUCAUCUAAUAUGAAUACUUCUUCCAGUCAUGUUCUUUUAGAAAAUUUCGCUAAUGUCUUUCCGACUGCUGCAUGCAUUCCCUCUGCUUCUAGUAUGUGUAUCAGUCGGGAUAUGGACAGCAACUUCAUAUCAACAUCUGAAAGUGUUGAAUCUCAAGAUGAAAUUGAGUUUGAUAGAUCAACACCUACCGCUGAAGAAUCUGUGGGUAAUAUUGCAGAAGCCAAAGAUGAUUCAGAUCCUAUGGAUGUUUCAGAUGAAGAUAGCUUCCAUGAAGUUUCUAUGGAUAAUGAGGAAGUAAAUGUUCCUGAAGAAUUACAAGAAUCAAAAAAGGACAAUGAUGAGUCAUGUGGUGACUUACAGUGUGAUUCUAAUACAGUUGAUGAUGACUCUGAUGAUAUUAGGGAAGCUGAUAAUGAAGCUGAUAGUUCUGCCUCUGUUGAUUUACCACCUUUGGAAUCUGUUGAAAGCAGUCCUCAAAUUGAAGUCAUCUCUCAAAGUGACGAAGUUUCCAAGAACUCUCCAAAUCGAGAAUGUUUUGAAGCCAUUGAAGCUGAUAAUGAGUCAGCUAAUGUAAUAGAUUCAAGUGAAGAACAUGUUAAACCAUGUUCUCCACUUCAGGAGCCAUGUUCCCCAUUUCAAGAAACAUGUUCACCUCAUCAAGGAUCCUGUUCUCCACUUCAAGAGCCAUGUUCACCACCUCAAGAACAGGGUUCUUCUCUUCAAGAAACAUCUAAUAGUGUGUCUGAUAAUAGUAAAAUGUGUGUUAGUGAAUCAGCAGAGCAAAACAAUGAGCUUGAAUCAGACAACAGUGAGGACUGUAACUGAAAGAGAAUUUUUACUUUCUGUAUUUUCUAUUUUUGUGUUGGUACUUCAUAUACUUAUUAUCUGAAGCUGAGAAGUUAAGUGUUUUUAAAACGUGUAUUAUUCGAUGUGCAACAGUAAACUUAAAAUCUUCAAGUUAGUGGAAAAAAAUAGUUAACAAGGAAGAAAUUAUUUUAUUAUUAAAGCCUCUGGAAGUUAAUUAUUUUAUUAUGGUAUUCUUCAUGUUGUAAUGAUUCAUAAAUUAAAAAUAAUUAAUCUCUAGUUAUAAUAAUUUUUUAGCAUUUUGAAUGAUUAAAAAUAAAUCCUGUAAAUUUUACUUUUAGCUACUAAUAUUUGUUUUAAAUGUUUUUAUAGCAGUUCAUAUCGAUAUAGAAGUGCUUAACUAAUUUUUUCACUUUAAAGUAAAUAUUAGCUUCCCUGAUUUCAUGUCUUGCUGGUUAUUGAACAACUUAUCUAUCUGUGUGUUAAUUAUGUGUUUCUCUAGAAUAAAUAACAAAGUAUAAUUUAUUCAUAUUUAUAAUAUUACCAUCAAUCAUUGUGUGAAUUGAAAAUUUAUCUUAGAGCUUGAAUUUUUUUUUCCCCCAUCUUAAACAAAAUGUGGGUAAAAUCCUAGGAUAGCCCACCUCUU